GGCAUUGCAGUAGACCGCCCCGCUCAUCUCGCAGCAAAACAUAUGCACGUUUCAAAACUCGGAAAAUAAUCACUCGCUUCUUGUCAUUUAUUUAGUGGCUUUAAAUAUAAUUUUACGUUUAAUAAUUUUGCAUUUGUAUUAAUUAUUUGUGAUUUGAAUUGAUAAUGUAGGGGUUUGGGUUUAUAUUCGCUAUCUAUUCUUUUAAUCAUGAUGGUUUUAUUUACAUUUAAAAUCUGCUGGAAUUUUAAAAACAAUCAAGCUACAUAUGUAUCAUGAUCAUUCAACAAUAACAACAAACCCGACAAGAGCGAUGUAGUGUGCAGGAAUGAUGUAGAUGCUGUCGUUUUGAUUGUUUGAAGUGAAGUUCGAUAUAAAAUGAAGUCAGCACAUUUGUCAGUAUUACUAUUAGACUUUGUCCAAUGUGAGAUGUGAUGGAGGGAGAACAAGAUAGAAGAAACUCUAAAACGAGUGGAAACCUCUCGAUGUCAAGAGGAUAUGCAGUGGACCCCUGGCACAGGACUCCUGUGAAUAAGACAUCAGCUAAUGGACUGGAGAGCAGUGCCGUCCAGAGGCAGCGGCUGGAACUGCAGCUUCUGAUAGCAGAACUGAAAGACCGUGACGAGGAGCUCAAUAACUUGGCUGUAGCCCAUCACAGGCAGCUGCUGUCCUGGGAACAGGACCGACAGAGAGUGCUGACCCUGGAACAGAGAUGUGCCCGACUGGAGGAUGAGCUGCAGAAGCGUAAUGAUGUGAUCGGAGAUCUCAGUAAGCGGACGAUGGUCAUGGAAGUGAGAGAGGAGGAUGUGCACAGAGAACUCAACAGCACUCAAAAGCAGCUACACGAGCUGAGCCAGAGAGAGCUGAACACCACCAGACAUCAGCAGGACCUGGAGGAGAAGAAUCAGAGCCUGAACUCCACCAUCAUGAUGCUCUCAACACAGGUGGGGCAGCUGCAGUUACGAGAGGAGGAGCUCAGCUCAGUGCUCAGACUGAAGGACAAAGAUGUGAUUGAGGCCACCGAUCACAUUUUAGAGCUGUCUGGUCGUCUUUGUGAACUAGAGAAAUCACUUGAAGAACUGCGAACACGUGAAAGCAAAACACUGCGAGAAACAGAGGAACACAAGCACUGUUUCAGAGAGAGCAGACAUGAAAAUACACAACUCAGAGCUGAGCUUCAGGAGAAAACCAUUGAGAACAGCAGUCAGAGAGAAGAAGUCAUCUGCUUAAAACAGGAAAACCAGCUGCUGAAGAAAGAGCUCACUGCGGUUGAGCUCCAGCUACUAAGUGAAGAUCAGAGCUGGAAAGAUGAGUUACUUGAACUAUCCCGAUCAAAACAAGCCCGAGCCGAAUCUGAGUUGCUCUGUCUGCGACAGGUUUGUGAAAACCAGCAGAAUGACGUGCAGCUGCUAAAGCUGAACUUGGAGAGCACCAGGGAGACACUUCGAACUCGUGAAGGUCAAAGGUCACAUGGGAGUGCGGCAGAUCUGAGCUGUCUUCACCUGGAUUGCCCCUCACCCCGAAGUGGGCGGAGCCCUGCUCGUUUGCACGAUUCUGCACUAAGCAUUGAGUUCAAUAGCUAUGAGAAGGGGUACAGCUCAUCCACAAGUCGUUUACAGCGUUUGCUGGCUGAUUCUCGGGAAAUGGUGGCAAGUUUAGAAAACUAGCAGAAAACUUGUCAGUCCAACUCAAAGCCCUACAAGUAGUCAUGGCAACAGCAGCCAUCUCAACCACUCCCAGCCCUCCACCCAUGAUCAGACUACCAGGUAGGAGAAUGAGUCCCAAAUUAAAAGCGGUCCGCACUCACAACAAGGAAACAAGGAAUGUGGUCAAUAGAGCUACAAGGACCAGCAAAUCCUUCUUUAAUGCCAUCUUCUGUCACUGCUUCUGAAAAUAAAUCUAUUUUUGGCAACCAAAGAUGAGUUUUGCAAAGCUAACAAAGUAUUUUACUAGUAAGAUUUUCAACACAAAUGAUUUAACUCUAUACUUUUAAUAGAAAACUAUGUUUUUAUGACGAUUAAUGAUGAUUUAGAUUGCACUACCUCUCACUGGACCGAUGGAAAGACUGUUGUUAUUUAUAAACUAGUUGUUUCUUAAAGUGUUAAAUCUGUCUUUCAAGAUGGCUAAAUGGUGCUGGCUGUUUUUUGUCAUUCCAUUUUCGCUGUCAUCUAAACUGUUUGGUUUCAAAGAGAAUGAAGUGUGAACUGGCUCAUUGUGCAGAUUAUUGUGUUUGACUCCUGAAAGCCAGUGUUGUUCUCACAAUAAUUUAUUUAUUAAGAACAAGGACAGGGCAUUUAAAAGAGUAAUAAAGGUAUUCAGAAACUGUAAUGCCUUGUCUUUCAAAUGGGGAUUUUGUGUGAAUCAAAAAGGGUUCGUUUAUUUAAAGUGAAUGUUCACACAUUUAAUAUAGCUCUGGAAAAAAUUAAGAGACCGCUGCAAAUUUAUCAGUUGGAUUUACUAUUUAUAGGUAUAUGUUUGAGUAAAAUGUACAUUUUUAUUUUAUUCUAUGAAGUACUGACAACAUUUCUCCCAAAUUCUCAAUUAAAAUAUUGUCAUUUAGAGCAUUUAUUUGCAGAAAAUGACUGGUCAAAAUAAAAAAAAAAAGAUGCAGAUUUUUCAGACCUCGAAUAUUGCCUUCCAGAGAAAACAAGUUGAUAUUCAUUUUUAAACAACACAAUACUAAUGUUUGAGCUUACGAGUUCAGAAAUCAUUAUUUGGUGGAAUAACCCUGAUUUUCAAUCACAGCUUUCAUGAGUCUUGAUAUGCUCUCUACCAGUCUUUCACAUUGCUGUUGGGUGACUUUAUGCCACUCCUGGUGCAAAAAUUCAAGCAGCUCGGCUUUGUUUGAUGGCUUGUGGCCAUCCAGAUCAGCAGUUACAGAAAUACUCAAACCAGCCCAUCUGGCACCAACAAUCCUGCCAUGGUCCAAAUCACUGAGAUCACAUUUUUUCCCCCAUUCUGAUGGUUGAUGUGAACAUUAACUGAAGCUCCUGACCCGUAUCUGCAUGAUUUUAUGCACUGCACUGCUGCAACAUGAUUGGCUGAUUAGAUAAUCGCAUGGAUGAUUGUUGGUGCCAGACGGACUGGUUUGAGUAUUUCUGUAACUGCUGAUCUCCUGGGAUUUUCACACACAACAGUCUCUAUAAUUUACUCCGAAUGGUGCCAAAAACAAAAAACAUCCAGUGAGCGGCAGUUCUGUGGACGGAAACACUUUGUUAAUGAGAGAGGUCAACAGAGAAUGGCCAGAUUGGUUCGAACUGACAAAGUCUACAGUAACUCAGAUAACUGCUCUGUACAAUUGUGGUGAGAAGAAUAUCAUCUCUGAAUGCUAUUCUGAGAGGCGGGUUGGUGCUGUUUUGGCGGCACGAGGGGAUCUACACAAUAUUAGGCAUUGGUUCUAAUGUUGUGGCUGAUUGGUGUAUACAGGUGCAUCUCAAUAAAUUAGAAUGUCGUGGAAAAGUUCAUUAAUUUCAGUAAUACAACUCAAAUUGUGAAACUUGUGUAUUAAAUAAA